UCCACCCAGUUCCCCCCCACUGUUCCGCUUCACACAGCCUCCCCCACACUGUUACACUCCACACAGCAUUUUAUAUAUCCCGUCUCUUUACAAAGUGUAACCUUCAGGCAGCGUUCUCCUUGCACAGCCUUUAAUUGUACAAAGCCUUACCCUCAGCUUUCCCCCUCACACAGCCUUUCCCUCCCCAUAGCAUUCCUCUCUCUCUCUCACACACACACACAGCUUUUCCCUCCGCAUAUCUCUCACUAGCAUUCUCUUCAGCGUUCCUCUUAAGCAGGCUUUCCCUCCACUAGCCCUUCAGUCAGAAGUGUGCCAUUCCCCCAGCCCUUCCAUCAGCCGUGCCUCUCCCCCAGCCCUUCCAUCAGCCGUGCCUCCGCCCCAGCCCUUCCAUCAGCCGUGCCUCUCCCCCAGCCCUUCCAUCAGCCGUGCCUCCGCCCCAGCUCAUAUGUACAUACUGAAAGAAGAGGGAGAAUUUAUGAGUAGGAAUCCUCAGCUGCACUGCAAAUGAGCUGACUUCCGGUUUACAGUCGGACAUCCUGUGAGGAGGACAGAUUUCUGGGGCACGCAAGUAGAUUCAUAGCACCUUUCUUCAAUAUGCAUUGCAGAGCAUAGAGAGGCGUUUUAUUUGGGUAAUUUGGAUAAACGCAAGUUAGAUAGGCACUGAAAUCUUUAAGGGGUGCAGAAUACUGAGAGCCUUUAGAUGGCAGAAGAGUCUAACAAGCUUGCAUUCCCUUCAGUGGUAGAUCGAUAUUUUACAAGAUGGUACAAACCAGAUAUAAAGGGCAAGCCAUGUGAAGAUCAUUGUAUACUUCAGCAUUCAAAUCGAAUCUGUAUUAUCACACUAGCGGAAUGUCACCCACUUCUUCAAAAUGAAAAAACCAUUAAAAGUAUUAGUUACCAGAUCAGUGCCAAUUGCAGCAGACUGCAGAACAAAGUCUCUGGAAAAUCGAAAAGGGGUGCUCAAUUCCUAACAGAACUUGCUCCUUUAUGUAGAAUAUCCAGCACAGAUGGUGAAGAGUAUACUAUAUACAGUUGUAUCAGAGGUCGACUCCUAGAAGUAAAUGAAAAUAUCCUUCAAAAUCCUGGAUUAUUGAAAGAAAAGCCAUCCACAGAAGGUUAUAUUGCGGUUGUGCUUCCUAAAUUUGAAGAGAGCAAAACUAUUACAGAAGGACUUCUAUCUCAGCGAGAAUAUGAAGAAAUUGUACAGAGCCGUGCUGCCCUCAGAUCAGAAACUGUGCAGGCAGUGUAUUGACUACAUAUAUUAAUAUACCUACCUCCGAAUGGAAUUAAUUUCCAAGAGAGCAAAAUGACUUCUCAAAACAGUAAUGCAUCAGAAGGCAAUGAUGUUUUGGUAUAUAUUUUUUAUUGAUGCACUAAAUCCCAGCAGUUUUUUGCAGGAUUUAGAUUCGAAACCCUUUAAUGCCAUCUGAUUUUAAAGCACUGGAUAAAAACAACGUUUUUUUUUUGUAUGAUUAGAGCUCAGAUUUAGUUUGGUAUUCAGCUAUUUUUUUUUCCAUUUGAUAUUUUAUAUGACCAAGUUCAAAAAUGCAUUUGGUUUGUAGUUUUUGUAUAAAGUCUGUUGCUGGCUCAGCAAACACAUUUGGUUUUACUUGGAUUUGUAUCUCUGCCAAUGGCUGACUUUGGUACUUGAAGGCAUCACAACAAAAAUAAACGUGGUAUGCAAACUCA